AUGGAGAACCUCAUUCGAUCGCACCUCCAAAUGCUGGAACACCAUCCGGAAAAGUUUGCAGGAAGCUGCGAAGAAUUGAGCGGCAACAGCACAACUGAAAACUUCCACGAAAGUCAAAUGACAACAAUGCAAGCACCCAUACAACAUGGCAUUGUGCACUCUCCGUACAAGCAGUUCGGGCCAGUGCAGUUGUCAUUUGUUGAUUUCCUCACUGAAAAACUACGACCCCAUGGAAACAGGAUUGCACUGACCGAUGGAGAAAAGAGCGUGACCUACAAAGAACUUCUCAAGAAGUUUCGCUGCUGCGCAGCCAUGUUUCAAGCUCACAGCGUUGGUCCUGGUGACAAAGUCUAUUGCCAUUUCGGAAACAGCAUCGAAGGUUUGGUGGUGCUUUACAGCAUUGGCCUUGCCGGGGCUACCGUUGUCCUGAGUGAUCCAGAAUACAAAGAAGGAGAGGUUCAAGAACACAUGAAAAACUGUAAUGCGACACAUGUGGUGACUGACCUUCGCUAUUCCUUCAAGUUCAGCCCUAGAGACCAAGCAAAUAGCAUAAAGGCAUAUUUUGCUUUCGGUGAUGUGCCUGGAUUUAUUUCAAUUUCCAACUUUGACGCUUACAAUGACGAGGAUUACCAAGAGGUCAUGAGGUGCCCAGGACGAAUUCUUGUCAUGACAUACACAUCUGGAACAACUGGUCGAUCCAAAAUUGUUGAAAUCGCGGAGGAACGGUUUCUUGGAAAAGUCUGCGGAAUGGAGUAA